CUUGUGCUCUUGUUUGCUUGCUACAGGUUGAAUGUUCAUGAAAUUAUAUCGAUCUUGGAAGACGAUAGUCUUACAAUUUCUGCUGACAUUUUUAUCACGCCACCUGGAAAUGAUGAUUUGAGUGAUGAAGAUAGUGGAAGCGAGGAUGUAGUGGAGAUUAGUAAUCUAUCGCGUCGCCAGUUGUUGGCUGAAGCUGAGGUUCGACGUACGGUUCCAUCAUCAGAAGGAGUUCUAGAAACGGUAGAAGAUAUUGAUGAUAUAAAUCAGAAAGGAGAAGAGGAACAGCCAUCCACAUCCCAAGCCGUUGAACAUCCUGCAAAGAAAGCUAGGACUAUAUUCAAGAGGAAGUGGGAGCAGACGGAUAUAACAGCAAAACCUGAGAAGGAACACUCUACAUCUGAGUUUGUUUUAAAUAAAGACAAUCCAUUAGAAUUUUUUGAGAUGUUUUUUGAUGACGAAGUAUUAGAACUACUGCGUUCUAGUACAGAAAAAAAUGCAAUUGUCAAAGGACAUGUAAACUUCAGGCUCACCAUCGAAGAAGUGAAGAAUUUUAUAGGAAUUUUACUGUUGUCUGGUUAUAAUAGUGCAUCACGUUACAGAUUAUACUGGGAUCAGAAUAUUGAUACUCAUCACCCUGGAGUUACUUCGUGCAUGACCCGUAAUCGUUUUGAAGAGCUUCUUUGUUUUUUUCAUGCAUGUGAUAACAGUAAUCUACCUCCCGAUGACAAAUUUGGCAAAGUAAGACCUCUUUGGAAUAUGAUGAAUGAACGAUGGCUAAAGUUCUUCCCCGGGGAUAAACAUUUAUCUAUCGAUGAGUCUAUGGUGCCUUAUUUUGGUAAACACGGAACCAAACAGCACAUUCAUGGCAAGCCUAUACGUUUUGGGUACAAGAUUUGGUCACUUUGCACACGAUUGGGAUAUCUUAUAUAUGGUGAACCUUAUCAAGGGGCUAAAACCGGCAACACCAAUCCAAAUCUUGGUGUAGGUGGUUCCGUCGUGACCAAUUUGAUUUCUAAGCUGCCACCUGGUGAUCACUAUAGCUUUUAUACGGAUAACUUUUUUACUUCUUUACGAUUACUUGAUGAAGUGAGUCAGAUGGGUCAUGAUAUCACUGGGACUCUUCGGGCUAAUAGAGUUGAAGGUGCGCCGCUGAAAGAUGUAAAAGAAAUGAAAAAGACUGCGAGAGGCUCUUUUCAUCAGAUUACGGAUGUAUUAUCGAACACGACAUUAGUCCGCUACAAUGACAAUAACAUCGUAACUAUAGCCUCAACAGAAAGUGGAGUUCAGCCAAUUGGAAAGGAAUCCACCGCUGAUAUGCCCACACUAACACUCUUGCAUUUCUUUGUCACUAUAUCCGUUAAUAAAGUGAAUAUGGGCAUUUUCUUGAUUUGUAAACGCAGACAUUAA